AUGUCCACCGCUGCCGGACCUCCCGACUGCCGUGCCUCGCCGCCACGGGGGACUGCCGGCGCCCCCAUCCGCCCGCCGCUCAAGCGCCACCUUGCCUUCGUCACCAAACCACCCUUUGCCCCGCCCGAUGAGUACCACAGCUUCUCCUCCAUUGACUCUCGCCGCGUCCCCGAUGAAGCCGUCGUGGUUAGAUCUCCGUACAUGAAGCGGAAGGGUGGAAUGAAUGACAGUGAAGGAGAGGCGCAUGCAAUAAAGUGGAGUAACAGCCCUGGAUACACUAACGUUAGUAACAUAACGAAUAAUAGUCCUUUUAAAACUCCAGUGUCUACAAAAGGUGGAAGGACACAGAAGGCAAAGGCUUCCAAAGAAGGCAGAUCAUGUCCUCCAACACCCAUCUCAAAUGCUGGUUCCCCUUCUCCUCUUACUCCUGCCAGCAGCUGUCGUUAUGACAGUUCCUUAGGUCUUUUAACCAAGAAGUUCAUCAAUUUGGUCAAGCAUGCGGAGGAUGGUAUUCUUGAUCUAAAUAAAGCAGCUGAGACUUUGGAGGUGCAAAAGAGGAGGAUAUAUGACAUAACUAAUGUUUUGGAAGGCAUUGGUCUCAUUGAAAAGAAGCUCAAGAACAGAAUACAUUGGAAGGGAAUCGAAUCUUCUACAUCUGGUGAGGUGGAUGGUGAUAUCUCUGUGCUUAAGGAAGAAGUUGAGAAACUUUCUUUGGAGGAGCAGGGGUUAGACGAUCAAAUAAGGGAAAUGCAAGAAAAAUUGAGGAGAUUGAGUGAAAAUGAAAACAACCAGAAGUGCCUUUUCGUGACUGAGGAUGAUAUUAAGUGCCUACCUUGCUUCCAGAAUGAAACUCUAAUAGCAAUUAAAGCUCCGCAUGGAACUACUCUGGAAGUCCCUGACCCUGAGGAAGCUGUAGACUAUCCACAGAGGAGAUAUAGAAUCAUUCUCAGAAGCACAAUGGGUCCCAUUGAUGUCUACCUUAUCAGUCAAUUUGAAGAGAAAUUUGAAGAGAUUAAUGGUGCUGAACUCCCCAUGAUGCCACUUGCUUCCAGUUCUGAGUCCAAUGAACAAUUAAUGACAGAAAUGGUUCCUGCUGAAUGCAGCAGAAAAGAAUUUGAACCUCAAACUCAGCUGUCUUCUCAUGCAUACUCUGAUCUAAAUGCUUCACAGGAGUUUGCUGGUGGCAUGAUGAAAAUUGUCCCUUCAGAUGUUGAUAAUGAUGCAGAUUAUUGGCUUCUAUCAGAUGCUGACGUUAGUAUAACAGAUAUGUGGAGAACAGAUUCUACUGUUGAUUGGAAUGGGGUGGAAAUGCUUCAUCCUGAUUUUGGAAUCAUUUCGAGGCCUCAAACUCCAUCAUCUGGGUUUGACGAAGUGCCAACACCAGGAGCAAACUCUAAUCAGAAGUGA